AAAUCCGAACUUUAACAUACUGAUCAAUCUUCGAUCAAGUUUUCUGAAACUGAGAUACUAUUCUCCAGUCUCCACACAUGGCAUCGUCGUCUUCACCAACACAACCAAGCUUCAACUUCGUGUACCAACCCGACGGAUCUGAAUCGGGCUGGGUCGAGGCCCGCACUCACUGUGAUCAUCUAGGCUCCGUUUCUUCCGAUCUGACCCAUAUUCCCAUACCCAACACUCCUUGCAACAGGUGCCAACAUCCAAGCGAGAAUUGGUUAUGCUUAUGCUGCAAGGAAGUUCUUUGCAGUCGAUUUGUCAAUAAACAUAUGCUUGAGCACUUUCAACAGACCAAUCAUUGUCUUGCACUAAGCUACAGUGAUCUUUCAGUUUGGUGUUUCUCCUGUGAUGCAUAUCUUGAUGCUCAAGUGAUUUCAUCUCUGCGGCCAGUGUAUGAAACUGCUUACAUAUUGAAAUUUGGUGAAGCCCCACCAUUGCGAUCAGAAGUUUGACAAUGAAUCGUAUGGUUGAUAAUUUUGUCGUGCAAAUAGGAAGGGGGAACUGUUAGUUAUUGACGGUUUAUCUUUGAAAGUUCUACAUUUUUCAAGUAAUCUAGUACAACCAUCUUUAGACACUUUGAUAAUUGAUGAAAACUACUACUGAUAUCUAUUCAGACUA